UUUUCCCGUCUCGCUCUUUUCCAGAGGAGAGAGCUUCACUCCCCACUCACUUCACUCACUUCAAAAAAACACCCCCAAACCAAACCCUAGAUCUCUCCCUCUCCCUCCAAACCCUAACCCUAACCCUAGAUCUCUGCUCCCCUCACCAAUGUCUUCUCUCUUCUUCCUCUGUCUCCUCAUUCUCUCCUUCUCAGUCUCCCGAUCCCACUCCCUCACCCUCUCCUCUCGCCUCAUCCACCGCUUCUCCGACGAGGCCCGCUCGCGUCGGCCGGCGGCCUCCGGCAUUCAGGCCGCGGCGAUGCCCGCUCGCCGGAGCUCCGACUACUACAAGCUUCUGACCAAGAGCGACCUCCAGAGGCAGAAGAAAAGGAUCGGCAAUGUCAAGUACUCGAACCUGUUUCCAGCCGAAGGAAGCGAGGCGUUCUCUCUAGGAAACGAUUUCGGAUGGUUACAUUACACAUGGAUUGACAUUGGGACACCAAAUGUUUCUUUUCUUGUGGCAUUGGAUGCUGGGAGUGACUUGUUAUGGGUACCAUGUGAUUGCAUACAAUGCGCUCCUCUAUCUGGCUAUCAUGGUAGUUUGGAUAAAGAUCUUGGCACGUAUAACCCAGCGGAAUCAAAAACCAGCAGGCAUCUCCCUUGCAGCCAUGAGCUGUGUGAUUUGGGCACUAGCUGCAAAAAUCCAAAGCAGUCGUGCCCAUAUACUCUCAACUACUAUUCAGAAAAUACUUCCAGUUCUGGAUUGCUGGUGGAGGAUAUGUUGCACUUAGCGACGAAUGGGGAGCAUUCAUCAGUCCACGCCCUGGUUAUUGUCGGCUGUGGUAGGAGGCAGAGUGGUGGAUACUUAGAUGGAAUUGCUCCUGAUGGUCUUCUUGGUCUAGGAUUUGGAAACAUUUCAGUUCCAAGCAUCUUAGCAAGAUCUGGAUUGGUGCAUAAUUCUUUUUCAAUGUGUUUCAAAGAUGAUGAUUCUGGGAGAAUUUUCUUUGGAGACCUAGGUGUCUCAGCCCAGCAAUCUACUCCAUUUGUCCCUUGGGAAGGGAAAUAUCGUACCUAUAUUGUUGAGGUGGAAAGUUUUUGUGUCAAAGAUCGGUGUCCCAGGAAAACUGCCUUUCAAGCACUGGUUGACAGUGGUUCAUCAUUCUCUUAUCUUCCUGAAGAUAUCUACAACAAAGUUACUGUUGAGUUUGACAGGCAAAUAAAUGCUUCAAGGUUUGUCUAUGACAGCGCUGACUGGGAGUACUGUUAUAAAGCCAGCCCACUGAAGAUGCCUGCAGUGCCAACUUUGACAUUAAUGUUAGCCGUGAACAAGAGUUUUGUGGUCACCAAUCCCGUCUUUCUGGUCUAUGGUAAAGAGGAGGAGAUUGUUGGUUUUUGUUUAGCUCUACAAUCUUCGCAAGAAAGUCUGGGGACCAUUGGACAAAAUCUUAUGACAGGAUAUCGGAUAGUUUUUGACAGAGAGGAUUUGAAGCUUGGGUGGUCACGUUCUAAUUGUCGAGAUCUUGAUGAUAGUAGCACAGUUCCUUUGACUCCACCAGCACAAAGCAGCACUGAGAAUCCAUUGCCGACAAAUGAGCAGCAGAGCUCUCCUAAUGCCCGUGCAGUUUCUCCAGCUGUUGCUGGAAGGGCACCCACUAACAUUCCAUCAGCUGCAGCUCUUCAUGUGGUUAACUGGUUGUCUUUCUCCUUGUUGCUACUGGCUCAUCUUACGGUUAUUUUAAUUGGGUAGGACAGUUUUUAUGGUUAUAUUAUAUACUUCAUUAUAUAUAGUGCUGUAAAUUUGAGGUUUUCUGGCAGCCUUUCCUGUAUCCAAUGUGGGUUUUUUAUGUCAUUGGAUUUAUUGGGGCUGAAUCUAGUAAAUCCUACAUCUUUUCUACUCUGUUAUAUAACCAUCCAUUUACAUCUCAUCAUUCCACGUUUAACCUUAAA